UUUUUUUUGGAAGGGAUGGCAAGGACACUCUUAAAGGAGCCUGUCUAACCCUCCUGAGUCACAAGGAAGAACUGACUGACCCGCGCCCGCUGCCAGGGAAUUAGAAAAGCUUAACUGGGCAUAUUAAUAGGAUGCCCGGAAGUGGAGGUUCAGCAAUGUUUUGCCACUUGAGACCUGUGAGGAGGUUAUGUCUACAGAAAAUAUUUCCACACCGGUUUCUUUACUCAAGAUCUUUAUCAGGAGCUGAAGCAGUCAAUGCCUUGAGGCCUUUCUAUUUUGCAGUACACCCAGAUUUCUUUGGACAGCACCCCAGAGAAAGAGAAAUCAAUGAAAAUUCUCUGAAGAGAUUAAGUGUCUACUUAGAAAACCUACAGAAACCGGGCUCUAAGUCUUUGACACCAACUCAGCUCACAUUUUACGUCCGAGAAACAGACCAGAAUCCGUCCGAUGGCCAGGAGCCCAUCAGCACUGCAGGGUUCCGUGCCGUCAGAUUCACUUUGCACACCCGAGACCUGCUCAGCACGGUGCUGGACAUUCUCACCUCCUGCCGUCUGUCCACCGCGCACGUCCAGAGCGGGAACACCCACGCACACGGCCCGCCGCUCAAGGAAGCUAGACGGCUGCCCGACAGACCCAUCAAGUGGGACAAGUCUUACUACGCCUUCACUGGGUUCAGGGACCCUGAGGAAGACCUGGAGCAGGUGUCCCGAGUGGAGACGACCCUUGUAUCCUGGUUGGAUAGCAAUGAAAAAAGUGCUGUUAACAAGCUGAAGCAUAGCUUGCCACUUCGGCAGGAGCUGGAUCGCCUGAAGGAUGAGCUGUUGCGUCAGUUGCAGCUCUCAGAUAUCAGGUGGCAGAGGAGCUGGGGGAUCGCCCAUCGCUGUAGCCAGCUGCAUAGUUUAGACCGGUUAGCGCAGCAGAACUCGGACACCCUCAGAAACGCCAAAGGAUGUACGCUGAUGUUCACAGACUGCUCGGGGAUGAGUGCCGGCGGCCACGUGAUGCUGGGAACCAUGGACGUCCAUCACCACUGGACCAAGCUUUUUGAGAGAUUGCCAAGUUAUUUUGACCUUCAGAGGAAGCUGAUGUUCUUGGAGGACCAAGUCAGCUGUCUCCUAGGGGGCCUGCAGGUCGUUUACAUUGAAGAGUUGCAGCCGGUGUUGACCCUUGAAGAAUAUUACUCUCUCCUUGAUGUGUUCUAUAACAGACUGCUAAAAAGUAGAAUCCCUUUUCAUCCUCGAAGCCUGCGUGGUUUACAGAUGAUCCUGAACAGCGACAGGUACGCGCCCAGCUUGCAUGAGCUCGGGCAUUUCAACAUCCCAGUCCUCUGUGACGCCGCGAGCCUGCACUGGUUCAUCCUCUCCAGAGCCCAGCAGGCCAGAGAGAGGCUGAGAAGGAAGCAAGAGUUGAAGGUCAUUGAACAUGAGUUGAUACAGGCCUCCACGAGGAAGUUUUCCCUGGAGAAGUUAUACAAGGAGCCCAGCGUGUCCAGUAUGCAGAUGGUGGAGUGUUGCAAGAGGCUGCUGGAAUUGUCCCUGCCUUACCUGCAUGGGAUGCACCUGUGUAUCUCCCACUUCUACUCUGUGAUGCAGGACGGGGACCUUUGUAUCCCUUGGAAUUGGAAGAAUGGAGAAACCACUAAGUGACAUCAGUCUUUUUUUUUUUUUUUUAAUGAAACACUGUUAAGUUAAACUUAUUUAAACCCAACAGUUUGAUCUCACAGUAUUACGCUCCAUAUUGUGAAAGCCAAGUUUCUGAUUGCUGCUUUAAAGGCUGACAUUUCUAAAGACAUUAAUUUCUACUAGGACACCAUUUUUAAAAACGGUUUUUGCCUCUUGAUGUUGUGAGACUCCUGCACGCACCGACAGGCCCGGGUCCAGAGGGUGGCGACUGGGGAGUCCGAGGGAGACGUGAAAAUGAAGGAGACAAGAGUAACGACGGUGUCUUUUUAUGUGAACAGUUCCAGGGCCAACCAAGCACGUGUGUAUCAGCAGACCUCCCGUUCACGCCAGCUCUGGAGACGUGGAGCCCGUUUCCUCAUGUCUUAUUUACACACACACGUUCUUGCAGCCAGUCACAGUCAGUCAGUUGCCUAACACAGAUGAGUGACAGCAGCAAAUUUUGCCUGAGGGGGUUAAAAAAAGGAGGUGGGGGGACGAACCUGAAUGAAUGUAUGGGGCCAUCGCUGUCAGAAGCCGCCUGAGACCCAUUAACUGUAGCAGCUCCACUGACACAGAAUUGAGGGUUAGAUUCAGGAUCUCACCCACCAGCCACAAUUUUGUCACUGUCUAGCUUGAAACCAUUGGGUGAAAGCCUCCCAUACCUCUGGCCGGGGGAAAGCCCCGCAGAGCCCCUGAUAGGCACAUGCUCCAACACACACACCCCACUACCGCUCCAAAUUUCCCUCUACAGGUGCCCCCUGAAGGGCUCUUGGUAUCCAGAUGCAAAAGCUCUUCAGCCGACUUCUCAAGAGAAGGCAAAUCCUGUUGAGACAGAGUUUUACUGCUGAGAAAAAUAUUAAAAGAAUUUCUCCCCCCUCAGUGCAUUAGAAAGGAAAGGAGACAUUCCAGUGGUUUGGAAGUGGGUGCUUUAAAGAACAUGCAUCUAAAACCCGGGUUCUUGUCAAUGGAGUUCAAAUAUAUGUUCAGCAAAUUUGUGUUGACUGAGAAUUACUACCGUUUGUGCAUAUUACCUCCCCCCUUUUGACCUGUGCCUAACAACUACACGUAAAUUAUUUUUCUAAUGUAGCAAAUGUUUGUGGUCUAUAUUUUCAAGAGCCAAAUAAUGAGUUAAAAACCUCCUUAAAAGUUAUCUAAGAAAAUUUAUUGUAAAGCUAGGUUUGUAUUGUGUUAUUUCUAAAAAUCAGCUGAUAAGGAAUCCUCAGUCGUUUGUUUCUAAUGGGAUUUUGUCCCAGAACUAAUGGUGAUGUAAUAAAUAAUGCUUCCAUCAGUCAGAACAA